UUUGUUGCAAGGUAAGGGAAAGCAAGGUGAACCGAUUCGUCUCGUUUAAUUCUUUAAAAUGGGAGUUGGUCUUUUCUAUAAUACUUCCAUUAACGACUAAGCCACCGGGAUUGUCGGUGCGGUCUUAAACAUGACGGAAUACCUACAUCAGAGGCUGAAGGGCUGCAGCUUCAAGUUGCCUGUGUAUUCAGCCACGGAUAGAAAAGUCGCGUGGCUUUCUUACUUGAAAUCUAGUACGGCGUGAGCAUAGAAUUGGGAUACACAGACUCAUUAAUGAUAGUAGAGAAAAGCAGUCCAAAAUGUCUCUCUGCCCGAGAUUGGCGCGGACAGCCUUCCGCCGUAACUGUCCAAGCAUAUUACAAACAUCACGCCCCCGUACACAUCAGCCUCUACGGCCAGCUACGUCCAUCAACCCUACACUUACAUAUCACAGGUCAUUACACGACUCACCUGUCUCCUCUACAAAACCUACCAAUCCAGACCCUCGGGAGAACCCAGCACAUGCCCUUGCGCCUAACGCCGACGUGAACGUUGGUCAGAGACGGCUCGCCGAUUUCGACUUAAAGGGCCGUGUCUUCGUUGUAACCGGUGCGGCAAGAGGUCUCGGCCUUGCCCUUGCCGAAAGUCUCGUCGAGGCCGGAGGAAAAGUCUAUUGUCUAGAUCGCGAGGAUAAACCUGAUGAGCAUUGGGCGGAGGCCAGAAAAAGAGUGAUCCCCGAAUGGGGAGGAUCUCUGCAUUACUGCCAGCAAGACGUCCUGGACACCUGCGACCUGGACAGGGUGAUAACGGAAAUCGCGGACGACAACCGGCGCCUCGAUGGCGUAAUCGCCGCGGCGGGAGUUCAACAAGUGACACCGGCCGUGGACUACGAACCGGCUGACGCUGCUAGGAUGCUAGCCAUAAAUUUCACAGGCGUACUUAUGACCGCGACGUCUGCUGCUCGCCAGAUGAUCAAGUAUAAGUGCCAUGGCAGCAUAUGUUUGAUCGCUUCGAUGAGCGGCACCGUGGCGAACAAGGGCCUCUUGUCGUCGGUCUACAACUCGUCUAAGGCCGCGCUGAUCCAGCUGGCGCGUAACUUGGCCAUGGAGUGGAGCCCGAUUAAGCCAGACGGGACAGGCGGCAUUCGCGUCAAUUGUAUUAGUCCCGGACACAUCCUUACACCCAUGGUCGCUCAGAACUUCGAGGAGGUACCGGGUCUGAAGGAGAAGUGGGAGAGCGAGAACAUGAUGGGUAGGUUGGCGCAGACGACUGAGUUCAAAGGCGCAGCGUUGUUUCUCUUGAGUAAUGCGAGCAGCUUCAUGACUGGAUCCAAUCUGGUGAUAGAUGGGGGGCACUCUUCGUGGUAGGUCGGUGUUUCGAAAGAUGUGUGUUAUAUUUCGCAUGAGGCAAGGGAAGCGAUGGUCGUUCGGGACGUGUUAUUAUCGGCUGUAAAAUGUAGAAGAUGUCGUUAUGUACCUAAUAUACAGGUAUUUCGAUUAUCCUGUUGUGUUUUACCGGCUGAGUGGCUUAGGACAGUUUUCUUCCCUGUCGAGUUAUCGGAGCUUCUUGGCAACUUCCAUCCACGGGUACCAUAAACUAAAGCCCUGUAUACCUGAUAUUGGGUUUGCUAAGCCUUGGGGCAAGGGAUGAGAGUUGAAUCCGGGGAACUAUGUUAGAGGUAUUAUCCUUUAGCAGGAACACUCCACAUGGUAAACACCGGCACGGGCCGCAAGCCUGCAACGCUAACGG